AUGAAGUCUCACUCUCGUCUCGUCUCUCUGCCCUCUCCGCCUCACGAAGUCUCACUCUCGCCUCGUCUCUCCGCCUCACGAAGUCUUCUCAACUCAUCUCUGCCUCAUGAAGACACGCUCCAAAGUGGAGCUCUUUCUCCGCCUCAUGAAGUCACGCUCCAGAGUGGAGCUUCUCUGCCUCAAGAAGUAACGCCUCACGAAGUCACGCCUUCCAUAGAUCUAUCUCUGCCUCACGCCCACUAUCUCAGGUCAGUUGGGAGUCUCAUAAGUGAGCUAUUAGCCAAUCUGAUUGGGUGUUGCUGCGAAGGAGAUGAGAGGUUGCUGGUGGCCGAUUUUAUGCCCCAUGAAACUCUCGCUAAGCAUCUUUUUCACUGGGAUGCUCAACCAGUGAAAUGGGCCAUGAGAUUGAGGGUGGCUUUGCAUCUGACACAAACUCUGGAGUACUGUAGCAGCAAAGGGCUUGCAUUGUAUCACGAUCUCAAUGCCUACGGGGUUUUAUUUGAUCAGGAUGGCAAUCCCGGACUAUCCUGCUUUGGCCUCAUGAAGAAUAGCAGGGACGGCAAGAGUUACGGUACAAACUUAGCAAUCACUCCUCCGGAGUACCUGAGAACUGGCACUUGA